CUGCGACAAAGAUGUCAAGAGAGGUUGUGGUGAUAAGAGCUGACACCACUGUCUGUUUGUUGUCAAGAAAGUCACAUGAUCAGAGUUAAUACAUCACUUCCUGUCUCUGUCUUCUGCACCCGGCUGCUCCAUCCCUCGACUGGAGAAUGUGUCUGUGCAGAGAACCUCCCGCUAUAAGUUGCGCAAGUGUGAAAUGCAAUCUCUGGGUAACCAAAGUAGUUAAUUCUCUGGAAUUUACCUGUGGGUCAUGUCUCUAGAGCGCUGCCACUUUUAAAUUCCUGAGCAUGGAGCAUGUUAACAAACAGGUGGAGUAAGUCAUGGGACCCCUUCCCACUUCUCCUCCCUCUCGCAGCCUGGUCGUUCCUCUCUUUGUCUUUUUUUGUCUCAGUUUGCAUUUCUUCAUUUCCGUGUUUGAUUCGGGCGAGAAUGGCUGAGAACAAAGAACCAAAGACUGUGAUAAUAGGAUGCGGGAUAUCAGGAAUAUCUGCGGCACACAGGCUCCUUAAAGCUGGAUUUCACAAUGUGCGGAUCCUGGAGGCGACUGCGAGGAGCGGAGGUAGAAUAAAAACUGCGAAACUCGGUAAUACCAUCACAGAGAUAGGUGCGUCUUAUAUCCACGGCCCAUCUGAGGAGAACCCAGUGUUUUGUUUGUCCCGGGACUAUGACCUCCUGGACCCAGAGGCCCUCACUGAAGAGAACCAGGCCAAUGCUGUUGCUGAAAGACCUCCCCUUGUACCCAAUUGGUUCAGCAGUUCAGGUCAGAGGCCGAUCGCUGAGCACAUGAUUCCUGCUGUAGAGAUGCAUGUUGAUCUGAUGGAAGAUCUUGAACGGAUUAAGAACAAAGAAGAAACACCAUGGGCCAGCGUUGGAGAUUUCAUACGCUCUGAGUUGCCACAACGAGCAGCAGAGAGGUGGAAAGAUAAGGAUGAAACCACCAGGGAGCUGCUGAUGUGUGCCAUCAGUACCCUGUUGAAGCUGGAGUGCUGUGACAGUGCUGCUCACAGCAUGGAUGACUUGGACCUGGCGGGAUUUACUUUGUUCAAGAAUCUAGAUGGACUGGACUGCACCAUUCCAAGUGGCAUGGAAGCCCUGAUCGAGAGCUUGAUGUCAGAGCUCCCCUGUGAUUUAGUGUCCUACAAUCAUCCUGUGCGGUGCGUCCACUGGAACAAUGAAGGGGACGGAGAACACGCGGUGAUGCUUGAGUGUGAGGACGGCGAGAGGAUCGCUGCUGAUCAUGUUAUUGUCACAAUACCUCUAGGAUAUCUUAAGAAGCACCACUCAACCCUGUUCUGCCCACCUCUACCAGUGCACAAGCUUCACUCCCUCCAGAAACUAGGAUUUGGAACAUGCGACAAAAUCUUUGUGGAGUUCGAUUCACCGUGGUGGGAUCCUGACUGUGAGGUCAUCUAUCUGCUGUGGACAGGCAAGGACGACCCCUCAGACCAGGUGUUCGAUAUAAGAAAGUCCUGGAUGCACAAGAUUGUUGGAUUCACUGUGCACCGACCUUCUGAAAGGAACAGCCAUGUUCUCUGUGGCUGGAUUGCUGGGCAGGAAGCAGAGUAUAUGGAGACACUCAGUGAGGAGGUGGUCAGACGCAGCGUCACGGAGCUCGUCCAUUUAUUCACACGAAACCCCAUCAUCACUCCAAGGAGAAUCCUGCGCACACAGUGGUUUCAUGACCCCUGGACAUGUGGAUCAUAUAGUCACCCAGCAGUAGGAUGUACAGCACAGGACUUGGAGAACUUGAUGGAGCCGCUGCCUUCGAAGGGAACACAGCCCCUGCAGGUGUUGUUUGCUGGAGAGGCUACUCAUCCCUGCCACUACUCAACCGUCCACGGAGCUCUACUCACUGGGUGGAGAGAAGCUGAUCGGCUCAUCUCUCACUACUCCUCUGUUUAAACCACUAAAAUUUAAAACAUCCAUAUUGUUAUCCCUACGUGACCUGAGGCAUGUUAUGUUUUUGGGUCGUCUUUUCAAGUUUCAGUUUCUGAUGAAGAAGAAAAAUGAAUAAAGGAAUAUGUAUUUAGUUAUCGUGCAGUAAUCUUAAAGUCUUGUUUUUUGUUUGUUUAAACCAACAAGUUCGACAUUGUUAUAAAAGCAAGAUUGACCCAGCUGACCAGUUUUUAAAAAUAAAAUCAUCUAAAUAAAAUGACAACACUUGGACAGAGGCUUACAUUCUAUUGUAAUAAUGCAGUAACCUGACAUUAUUAAAUAUUUUUUCCAGUGUUGGAAGAAUCAUAAUGUACAGUAACAUAGGUAAAACAAUUGUACAAUGGAAUAUACAUUGCUUGUAUGUGUGUGUGUGUGUGUGUGUGUGUGUGUGUGUGUGUGCACGCGUGCGUGCGUGUGUGUAUGUAUGAAUGUUUCUAUGUUUGCAAGUAGCCUAUGUAUGUAUGUGUUUUGUGUUCAGGUGGUUCAGUUUCAUGUUUUGCAAUAAAUAUAUUGUUGUAAGGUAA